AAGCCAAACAGGGCCUUAAGGCGGAGGAGGGGCAUGAAGUUGGUUCCCAGAAGAACACGAAGGUAAUGAUGGAAGACCAACCACAGAAACAACACUUGAAGAGGUCCCGAAGAACAAAACCCUCUUCUUCUUCUUCUUGUUCUUCUUCUCACAUCAACAAUCUCGAUGAUGGUUGUCUUAUGCACAUCUUCAGCUUCCUCCCACCUAUUCCAGAUCGCUUUAAUACCGCCGUCGUUUGCCACAGAUGGAAUUACUUGGCAUGUCAUCCUCGGUUGUGGCUUCGGGUGGAUCGAUCAGUCAAAGACAUAUCUGAACCCGGUGUUUUCCCCAACAUUGAAACCGCUGUUGCUGCUUCAAGACCAGGUGAUACAAUUUUAAUAGCUGCUGGUGGAAGUCAUCGUGUCGCAAACAUUCAAAUAAAGAAACCGCUUUGCUUAAUUGGUGCAGGUGAACUUCCAGAUGACACUACACUUAUUUGUUCUCGAGGCUCAGACAGUGCAUUAGAGUUGCUAUCCACAUGCAAAUUAGCAAACUUAACUGUGAGGGCUGAGCUUGGUUGCUGCUUGCUUCAUAGAAAGGGAAGGCUAACGAUAGAUGGAUGCAUACUGCAGUGUGAAUCCAAUCCUCUGGAUUAUCUCUCAUGUCCCAUUGUGAGCACUGCCAGUAGCAGCAAGGUGCUUCCUUCACAAACCAAGAGCAAUGGCGAUGGUGUAUUUGUUUCUCAAACCCGCAUUGAAGGUGGUGCCAAAGCUGUUUUAACAAGUGGGGAUUUGGCUUUGCAACGUGUCAGAGUGAUUUAUGCUCGAACUUCACUUCUUUUCUGGUUUGAUGUAGAGCAGAUGUGUGAUCAAAUUGAUCAUGACAACUCUCUCUGAUACCAUUUGUUGUUUUGUUACCUAGACUUGUCUGUAACUUUAGUAGUGAUUAUGAUAUUUAUGAUUCGUUGACUUGACUGGUGUUUUUAUGGUUUAUAUUAUUUACUAUUAGCAUGUGUUAGAAAUGUAACAAAAUUCAGUUUACUAUCCUUAUAAUAGUUGUCUAAAUUUCAUGUAAUAAUUUAUAAGAUAAAUUACUCA